CGAAAAUUUAUAUUUUAGUUUAAAUAUUAUCAUUCAUGCAAUCAAAAUCAUUAUUAGUAUUGAUAUAUUAUUUUAAUAUUUUUGAUCCAAACUCUAAUAAAACAAAUAUGAAAGUUGGUAAUGCAGCUUAUUGUUUGUUUAUUACAAAUGUCACAUUUAAAAUUUGUCAAUGUACCUUCUUCUUUUAUAACAUGUUUUUUUUCAACAUAGAAAGUCUGAAACGUUCGACCAUGUUUAUCGUAAAAACAAAAAAAUUCUUAUAUAUUUAAUUUUAAUUUAUAUUUGACUAUUUCAAUCUUAUUAAAUUUGGUUAUUUUAUAAUAUGUUUUAAAACAUAUGAAAAAGUAAAACGUAAAUACAUAGGAAAAGUAAACAUUUUUAAUAAAGAAGAAAAGUUUAAACUCAUUUAAUAUUUUAAAACAUAAAGUUGGAACUGAUUUUUUAUGAAAAUUCACAUGUAUUAAAACAAUAGAGGUGACAAUGACAAAUUAUUUUUGAUAAAUCCAUAAACCCCGAAAAAUCUUAUAGUCCUAUAAGGACUGGGCCGGGCUUUGAAUUUUAAGCUUAAAUUAUUUUCGGACCAGACAUGACUCAAAUAUUUACGGGCAACACCCCUCCUUUUAGUAGAUAUGAACUAUUUUCUAUUUAAACGGCAUAACAAAUCUAACGAGAUCUUUGGGGAAGGUGGGGGGGGGAUAGUACAACAUAAUUAUUGGAUGAUUCUUAAAGUGGAGUUCUUAGUGGAAUAUAAGAACAUGUCUCUUAACUUUUAAUUAAAAAAAUUAAGAAUUGGCUCUUAAAUAAGAGUUUUAAAAGCCGGUUCUUAGCUUUUUUAGUUAAAAAUUAAGAGAUGGGUUCUUAUAUUCUGAUAAAAAUCCCACUCAAAGAACUUUCCAAUAAUCAUGCUCUUAGUAGUAGCAACGAUUAUUGUCGUCCUUAGUUUUCUAAUAAAACAUAAAACAUUGUUUUAUUUUUGUCUAAGCAAAUAGUGAUUUAGUUCUUAAGAGAAUUUGUUGCCAGAAAAAUGGGUUCUUACAAGAAUUUAAACUCAGACCAACGAAUUUACAUUUUAUCCUAAAUCUUUUUUUCUCACUAAACUACUAUUGUUUGAUUUAGGGAAAAUCCGUUUAUAAGAAAUAGAGGGAAGCAAUAGAGAAAGAGAUGCAUGUUUCAUCCUCCAUCUCCAUUAGGGGUGCGACGAAGCUAGCUAGUAUCGCGAAACCCAAAAAAUGUAAAUAUAUUAGAGGCUAGUCUCCAAUAGCGGAGACAGUAAAUUCUUUUACAUGGAUCAGUUUAAUAACAAAUGGCAAUUUAUAAAAAUCAAUAAGCUAAAUAUCUCAGAUUUUCUUAUAAAACAAAAAGAAUUUUUAUUUUCAUAUGGAUCAUAUCACCAUUCUGAUACUAUGCUAGCUCGGCUACUGGUAGUGUCUGAUGAUUCUCUUUCUUUGGAAUUAUAGAACCACUAAGUCCUCACAAAUUCAUUUCCUGUUCAAAAGCAUCAUACAUGUUAAGGGGGGUGCUAGUGGGAAGUUUGUUGAUUUUAAAAGUUGAGAGAUUUGUUAAAUUUGCAAAAAUAUGUAGAGAAUUUUGUAUAUUGUGAAAAUUUAUGAAAAUAAAGUAAUGUAAUGAUUCUAAGAAUUCAAAGUAAACAUGUAGUAUUCUCAAAAUCUUAAUUUGUGAGUUAAAAUGAUAAGAAUUCAACUCCCAAUAACACUUACUUUAGUAGAUUUGUAGAAUCAUUAAAAUUUAAACUUUUUGAAUAACAAAUGACUUUGUAUAGAAUUAUAGAAUCAUCAAACCAAUAACAAUAGAUUUUAAUGAGAAUAUAAGAAUCUAUAAAUCAAUAACACUAGACUUAGAAAUUCUAAAACUCAUUAUAAAUCUCAUCCCCACUAACACCCCCUAAUAUUAAAUACCAACUGUUAGAAUAAUUGUAUUAAGUGAGUAAAUUUAAACAUGAUAAAAUGUCAUUCAUUUUGGUUAAAGUUGAGUUAUAUUCGCAUAAUGAGAUCCAUUGAAACAAGUGUGUAUUUUGUGAUAUAAAGAUCAAAAUAUUUGUUAAAUAUUCCUUCUAUUAGCUCAAAUUAAUAAUAGACCCUACUUACAUUAUCGCCUGAACUAAAUGUAAAAAAUUCUAAAAUAAGAAAUAUAUAGGUUUAUCAAGGCUAAGUGUUUGCCAAAUGUUAAUGGACGAGGAUCGAGUAGCUAAAUCGACAAGGUUUAGAAAACCAGUGUAUACAUAUAGUUACAUAUAUAAACUCCAAAAUAAUUUAUAUAGCCCUCGUACGUACGUUUUUAUCAACUUGUUGUUUGCAUAGGGCCUAAACAUGGGUAUUUUUUCCCUAGCUAAAAUAAAUCUUAUGCAAUUCCUUAUGUAUAAUGGUGCAAUGUGAUUGUUCAUUAAGUAUUCUAAUAAAAUAAAUAAAAACUUGCUCAAUCAAAAAAUGUAUCUAGAACAAUACAAAAGGUUUAAAUUCAGUACCACUGUUAAAAACUGUUAUUUGCUAAUACUUGUUUCCAAAAAUGCUACUGUAUCCAAAAUUGAGCGUCAUCCAUUGUAAAAAUAAUCACAAAAUAUUAAUAAGAUACUAAUCUUCAAAUAAAACCAUAUAGUGUGGGGUACAUUUCAGUAUAGUUGUCAAAUUAUUUCUGAUUGGUAUUCUAUGCGAUUAGAAAUCUUAAAAACUUGUAAAAAACUGUCAAAGUAUUAGAAGAAGUUAAUUAAGAAAACGACAGAAAAAAAUAUAUACCGUGCCUUUUCAUAAAUAUAUAUAUUGGGUAAUAACCAGGCAAUAGUGACAUCUGGUGUCAAAUGAUAAAAAAAGAAAUAUUAGUAGUGUAUAACUGUUACCUCUAUACAAAUGAUUUUUAUAACCUGUGCAUAGUUUUGCUCAAGUCUCCAACUACAAGGAGAUGGAAACUGAAAAUGACUUUUCCCGUUCUCCAUUUUGUAGUUCGAUUUUUUUUUGUCGAAUAUAUCAUUCAAUUAAAACACACAGAGUUUUCUCCUUAGCUGUUAGCAUAAAAAAAUCAUAAUUAAAUACAUAUAUUUUAUAUAUAUUAAACCAAAGUCAAUUAUAAUUUAAUAGGAGAUGAAAAUCCAAUGUCAAUUUCUAUAGUUUAACAAGUUACAAAAACACCAUGCCAGUAUAUAGAAUAAGUUGAUGAUGAAUAUCCACUGCAAAACCAUAUAUUUUGUAAGAUGCUGUUUAAUGUAUUUUCUAAAGUUAAUAUGAACCAUGUCGUUGUAAGCAAAAUUCUUAUAUACUAGAAAAUACAUUAUCUUACCGACUAUUCAUUCAAUAGGAUUGGCAUAAAACUUUGGACAAAGGUUAUGAACACAAUCAGUUUUAAAAAAAAGGUUAUGAACACUUGAUCAGCUUUCGAAGAUGUGACUAGACAUGGACGAUUGGAUCCCAGUUCGGGCCAUUAAACGAAAAGCAUAAAAACGUACUUAACUAUAUAUAAAUUACAGGUAUAUUAACUACAAAAAAAAAAUCAUAAUAGACCCUCGUCUGGUCUUUGAUUUGAUCAAAAAAAUUCUAAUGUAUAUAUCAUUUCUUAUAUCCGUUGAAUAAAUCAAGUGUUAUUUGUUGCCUGUAGACUAUAUUGUUAUCGUUCCUUUUUUUGUCCUACAUCAAUCAAUGCACCAAACGUCGAAGUAUAAUAAAAAAGAAGUGACGAAUGCACGAGGCGGACGCAAACCGUAACAAAAGUUCUAAUGCGAUAUUAAAGAUUCUGAUAAUAAUCGUAUACUUAAGUAUAAACAAAUCAAGAAGCCAUAGAAAAAGAAGAGGAGCAAAAAACUUUUAUUAUUAGAUGGUCUUAUAAUGCCAAUAAUUAUAUAUAGAUAAGCAAAUAAAAAUAUUCUCUUCACCAACCAAUCGUCAGCCAAAUCAAAUUAAAAAAGGUACAUCAAAUAAUUGCCUUUUUUUAUAAUAUGCUAAACACUUAAACAGAGAUAUAUGUUUUACAUAUACUAUUAUAUAUUUUUUUUAAAGCGAGUAGGACGAGCGUUGGUAUUUACCAGUUAUAUGUUUUUCAGCGCCACUUUUUAUAACUGUAAGAUCAGCUGAAAGAGACAUCUUCUUGUUAAUAGACCUCAUGCAUUUACCUGGGUAAUGUUUUCACACAAUAGUAGAUUCUGCUUGAGGAAAAAAUAUAAUUUGUUUUGCCUUUUAUUUUAUGUUUUUGAACUAUUAUUUCGACUAGGUUUAAGUUAUAAAUAUUGAGCUUAGUUAAAAAACAAAGUUAUAUAAAUAUUAUGGUUAGGACCAAAUGUCAAAUCGAAAAACACAGCUGCGAACUGUUCGUAGUUCUGUCCUUUUCCCAUGUCGAGUUAACAUAUGUGAUUUCUGAUUAUUAGGUUGAGUUUAUCAUUUUUCUAGUAUAUGCGUGUGGUUUACGUCUACGUCUCUAUUUUAAGUGCAUAAAGUAUAAACACAUACUAUAAUAUAAUGAACAAUGAUGCUGAGGAAUAUCCGACACACGUUGCAGCUUGAUCCCUAAUUCUGUUUGGUAGGAUUCCUUACAUUUACCUUAUCAUCGCAAAUUAUUAACUUUUUUUCUAUAAAUAAAAAUAUUAACCGGCGACAUGACACCAUCUUCAGCAAAAUAAUGUUGAUCUCACCUGUAGUAUAAUAAAAAGGACCUAAAUUUUUUAAUUUUCAACAUAUAUAUUUACAUUAUGAGAACUUUGACCCAACACCGCCAACAGUAGAAACGAUAAUAGUAGAAAAUAAAACGAAACGCAUAAUUUACAGUCGUUCACCAUAUGUAGCUCAUACUCACCCUAUGUUUUGGGAAUAUAAAUAACAUGAUAAGAUCUGAUCAAUAAUUAAUCAUCACAAAUUUACAAUAGACACAUAUGUCAUCACGCCCUUUCUGAUGCAUAUUUGAUAAAACAGUGAACAAGUAUAAAUAAAUCCGAAGUCCGAACCAAAGGAUGUCACAUAAGGUGAGAUUAUGGACUCUUGAAAAAAGUCGGGUAUGUAUUGAAAUCUAAGGGAUUCAUAGUGAAAACCUGAUUCCUCAAUUCACUUUGUAACUUUUGGUUUAAUAGUAUAUCACAUGAGUUGGCUCACGUUUAAAUAUCUCUCAUGAGAAUAUGUACUUUACUUUACUAUUUAAGAGAGAAAUGCCCGAUUCAAUCCGAUAAUUAACUCUGUAAAAUAAUCACUAAAACUUAUUGAGUAUUGGAAAAGACGAAACUUUGAGGAUCGAGUUUAUAUUUUCAUUCCUGUAUCGGUUUCUAGAAUAAUAUCUAUAGAAUAAUAGUACUAAAUACAAAAAAAACUAGGUAUAAUAUUACAAAUAUCGUCCAUGCUAACUGAAACGACAAUAUUAUGAAGAAUAAAAAGUGUUCGUUUGGCGCUUUUAAAAAAUCUCAAAGAGGCAUCAAAUUGCCAGCUAUCUACCCAACAAAGAAUAUAUAAGAUUAAUUUAUAAAUCAUAAUAAUACUCGUCUGAUUUGCGAUACUGUUUGGUCGUGCGUGCAAGCAUUGGUAUUUUCCCAUUAAAAUUAUUUUAAUCAGAUUUGAUUACAAAUUGGGUCUUUCAAGCUGUGCACAGCUUUUAUUCUACUGAAUAUCCAUAAUAAAAUAGAUAAGUUUGGGAGUGAAAACUAUAUCGUUCUGUGUAUUGAAUUAUAUUAAGCACAGGUACACUGAUCUUUUUUUUUUUUUUUUUGGUAAAAAUGUAAAGAUAUUAUUACCAAGUUUUUUCGUUUUUGACAGAAAAUACAGAAGUUAACAAGAAACAGAUAAACGGAAAAUAAAUCUAAACACAAACUCGAUUUAGCUAAAACGGGACGAAAGACACAAACUACCUAAACCGCUAUCCCCGAGGCUCGACCAUGUCCACAACAACAGCUUGCCGCAAAAGAAUGAGCCAAGUUCAACCGAGAGUCGGAACCCGGUAAUUUUGGCCUCCCCGAUGAUCCGCUCUUAAAGAUAAUGGCCCAUCCGAGAACAGCUUGCCGAGGCUUAAUAGCACAAUCCCACAAGAACAGACAACAAGAGCAGAGGCCUAACACACCCGCAGAAACCAAAACCGAGCUUUUAUUAGACCCGAAUACGACCUGUACAUGAUGCCGUUCCGAGCAAAAAGGGGCUGCAACCUCCGAACAUCCCACACCGAGCCCAACCUGCACACAAUUGCCUCGCACACCACCACAAAGAGCUCAAGCAAACCCAAGUGAUGCUGGGAUGUGAGCGAAGACCGAGCGUUAGGAAGUGGCGGUCAAUGACCAGAGAACCACCACACGCUCGUCGUCGCCGAGAACCGACGAACUGAAAUUGGAGACGCUAGGGCCGUCACUUGCCUCAACAAGAACGGGAUUUGAAACAGGGCACACCAGUACAGAAACCGCAAAGAGGAGGGCCAAAGGUGAGGAAGCAAAGUGAAAGGCCACUCAAGCGGACAUAGACGACCGCUCUUUAAACCUCCCAUAUGACCUACGCGAGCCGGCCACCGAGCUCAGACACCAUCCCGCCUGCGUGCUGAAGCUCACGAACUCACCGCCGUGGUAGAGAAACCCACCAGCACACACCACGCUAGGAGGAGGAUACUCAGGUUCAAAAACCGACGAGAGACACCCUCCGUAGCCGAGAACCGCCUGGGCUAGAGCAGCGAACCGUCGAAACCCAGGAGAGGACACCGCGACGCUCCUCCUCACGUACAGAAAAAGCAGGACGAGAUCUGAAAGAGAAAAUCGAUCUCCAACCAUACCCCAAAAAGCCGACUGCAAUCUCCACCCACCGCUCGACUUUCUCGCCAUUGUUCCAGAGAAAGCUGAGAGACCACCGGAUCAAAACUCCUCUGCAGCGGAGCAAAUUCCGGAGCCAAGCCCUAGCCCAGAACAACGCACAUAUCGAAGGGAGCGAGACAGAUGGGAUAGCAGCAAAACGAGAGAAAGAAACUAGACGGAGGGGGCCUCCAGUCACCGUACGCGCCGCCACGCGCCGUCGGUGCCGAAGGAGACGAAGCUCAAGUUUAUCGUCUUCAAGGGAUAAGGUGGAGAGAGAAAAAUAUAAGAUCAUAUAGCUGCCGACAUUUGCGGAGCAUUGAUACAUUCAAGUACACUGAUCUUUAAUGUCUUUUAUUCGUCAAACUGUCAGUUUUUCCUACCUAUAUCCCUUUGGGGGGGGGGGGGGUGCGUUUCCUAAUUCUGAUUCUACCCCUUUUAAUAUGCAUCAAAUAUAUAAUAAUGUAACUCUAUAUAUUGCAUAAGACUUCUAGGCAACUAGAUGCAUCUUUUUUUCAAUUGAUGAACGGGAAGAACAUAUAGUUAUCCUCCCAUAGACCCAUUUAGAUUAUUUGUUAGUUAUGUAAAGUAUGAAAUUGAUUAAUACUACUUUAAAGUAAAAUACACACAUUUUAUCAAAUGAUAGGAAUAUUCUGAAGAUAUGUAGAAUAUUAUAGAAAAAAAUAUUGUACCUAUUAAACUAAAACAUACCUUUGCUAUAUCACGGCAGAUUAAACUACUAUUAACGAAAUUAUUUGAAAGUUAUCUUUUAAAGAUUGAACUCAAUGGAGUAGUUGAAAGCUUUUGUAAAACGUAAACCUAAUCCUAAAUAAGAUAUAACCUACUUUGUAGUCGAAGAAUCUAGUGAGCUUCCCCAGUUUGUUAUCCAAAAUUCUAUUAAAAACACAUCAUGUGUACUGUGAAUACAGCCAAACUCAUGCUUUUUGCAUUAUUAAUCAUUGGUCAUAAAUCAUAAAUCAGGUAUAUCAUCCGAAGAUAUUCUUUUUGUUUUACUUAAUAUUUAUGUGUUUAAUUAACAAAUAUGUAAUAGUGUAUUAAACUAAGCAAUAAGAUAACCGGAAAUGCAUUAAGUCAUAAACGAGAAACGACAAAAAAAUGUUUUGAAGACCAAGUAGUAUAGAGCCCACCAUUUAGCUGUCGAUAUCUAAGGAUAUCCCCGGACUUGGUUAUUUAUAAAUUAAUUUAGAGAGAUGAUUGUAAUUUGUGACAUAAGUGUUGACAUUUUAUCCACUAUCUAUCAUGUUCUAUAUAAACAUCCGAAUUCAUCUCCCCAAUUCCCUCACUUCUCACAAGACUUCGAACAAACAAAACUAACUAAUCUUCUUGAUUAAGAUUAAUCUCAUUUAAGACGUUUAAGUUAAUAACAAAAAUAAAAUGGAAGCUAUGGGAGAAUGGAGCAACAACCUCGGAGGAAUGUACACCUAUGCAACCGAAGAAACCGAUUUCAUGAACCAGCUCCUUGCUUCCUACGAUCAUCCUGGCACUGGCUCAUCCUCAGGCACAGCCGGCGGAGACCAACAGGGCUUGUAUUGGAGCCUUGGUUCUAAUCACAACCAUCUUUCCCUCAUGCCUGAAGCCAGUAGCUUCGGUUUUUCUGGGGAGAGCAGCAGCUACAGCGUUGCGGACAGCAGAUACUACACGGUGGUACCACCCACGGUUGAAGAGACUAACAAUGGGUCAUUGGGCUUUGGGAUGGAAGAUGCGACCGUCAACACCAACUCCUAUCUUGUUGGUGAGGAGACAAGUGAGUGUGACGUUGAGAAAUACUCAUCUGGAAAGACUCUUUUACCAUUGGAAACUGUCGUGGAGAAUCACGAUGACGGGGAGAGUAUGUUGCAAUCCGAGACUACUACUGACUAUCAUAGAUCUCUCGCCGGGUCUAAGAAGAGAUCGCGUGCGACAUCUACUGAUAAAAACAAGAGAUCAAAAGUGGGUAAGAGGGGCCAAAAAGGCAUAGAGAUGACUUGUGAUAACAACAAUAGAGGAGAAGAGGAAGAAGGAGAGAAGGUGAAAAGAAGAAAGAGUGGGGCUAUGAUGAGUAGACAGAACUCGAGCACCACAUUCUGUUCCGAGGAAGAAUCACAGUGCCCUUCUCAGGACGUUGGAGGAGAAGAGGACGAAGAUGCCUCCAAGGCCCUCAACCUCAACGGCAAGACCAGAGCCAGCCGUGGUGCUGCCACCGACCCUCAAAGCCUCUACGCAAGGAAAAGGAGAGAAAGGAUUAACGAGAGACUAAGGAUUUUGCAAAACCUCGUCCCUAAUGGAACAAAGGUUGACAUCAGUACAAUGCUUGAGGAAGCCGUUCAUUACGUCAAAUUUUUGCAGCUUCAAAUUAAGUUAUUAAGCUCUGAUGAUCAAUGGAUGUAUGCGCCGAUUGCUUUCAACGGAAUGGACAUUGGCCUUAACCUACCGAGAUAAUACACGGAUCUUUUGAUUUUAGUCGGAGUUUUUUAAUAUAUAAGCAAAAAUGUAAUAUUGCUCAUUUUUAAUAUUCUCCGCCUUUGAACGAGUGCGAUUAUAUUUCUCGUACGAUGUUCAAUGUGAGAGAAAUGGAGAGUCACAUUCGAUUUUUGUAUAUUACAUUCUAAUUUUAUAUUCCAUUUUUCAAUAAACAUUUGAGCCAUUCUUUUAAAAUUUUAGAUGUUGAUGUUUCUUGGUAGCUGACUCUAUACCAUAAUCAAUUCAAUCUGGUUGUCCUCAUUAUAAUUUUACCGCAUAUGAUUCAAUAAUGUGCGACCACCAUUUAUUCAACGGUGUUGUCUCAUUGAUAAUAACUGUAUAAUAAUUAUAAAAAUACUAACAAAUAGAGCGAUAAACUAAUUUUUUUGUUUUAGAAAAAGAAGAAAGAGCAAUUGGAGUGAUAAUAAAAGGAAACCGAAGUUAGGUAAUCUUUGACUUUUUUGGGAAUCUGUAAUAUUUAACUAUGUACUAUUGUUUUUAGAGUUAUUAACACAAAAAAGACACAUUAUGUGUUUUUAUUACAUUGAAGGGCACAAUGUACUACUGAGGUACUUUCCAAUGGUUGAAUACAUGUUUGCCCUCUAAAAAGCUAAAUUAAGGAUGGGUAUCUAGGUAAUUAGCCAUUUUUUUUUGGUUGGGCUAGUUACAAGAUUUAAAAUUUGAAAAUAUUCUGGUUUGAAGUUGUGGACACGAAAAUGAAUCUAUAGUUUGGGGUUUUUUUUAUUUACAUGAGGCACGUUAAAAAAUCUGGGUUGGUAAUAUUUUUUCCAUCGUUUUCGGUAAAACACAGAGAGGUUCCGUUGGAGAGAGCGGCGAACGAGAUUUCCUGUGGAAGAUAUUUUAACGGUGGAGGUUGACGGAGAAAAAGAUGUCGCCGCGAAAGAAGCGAACUGCAAGGGAAAAGAUAAAGGUAAGUAUUUAGCUUGCUUCCAUCUCGUACGGUUUCGAUUUCAGGUUUCUUCCGUUAGAAGGGUGAAAUUGCAUACUUUAUGAAGAGCCUCUAGUUGUUAGGGUUUCGAUUUGGGGUUUUUUUAUUAGGGUUUCGAUUUGGGGGUGGGGUUCUAGAUUUCUGUUGAUCUCCCUUUUAGGGUUUGUAGAUUAGUGUUCCAAUUUGGGAGUUCACUAAGCUUUAAUUUUUUUGGUUUGUUUGUGUUACAUAGAUGACGCAAACAGAGGAGGGAGGCAUCAAGUUGAGUUUAAAUCAGAAACUCUGUUUUAUUAAAGAGAAACAGAGCAUCUUCACAAUCACUCCACAUGUUCAUAAAUAACCAAAAAUUUAUUAGUUGGUAACACAUAGCCAAAACGUAAUCCACGUGUACACAUUUUUUUCAAAGUCUACAUGUACAAAGAUCGCAAAGCUUCAUAAUAGUAUCCAAAUGUACACUGUUCUUAAGAGUAACAUGUACACCGAAUCACAAGAUCCAUGUGUACACAUCAAUAAUUUUUAGUUUUGGUCAUGAAAUAUGAAACACUUUGUAAGAAUAUUUAUUUAUUAUUGGAGAAUAUAAUUAAAUUAAGGUUUGAUGUUUGAUGAAAAUGAUUGUCUUAUGGCGUGUGUAAGAGGUCAUGCAAAAAUAAUUUUAGAGCAGGAACACUAAAGUACGAAUUAGUAACACAUCUGCAAAAAAUUCAGAGAGUCUAACAACAUAAAUGCUGAUAUACAUUAGACUAGAUAGAUAAACCACAAAACAUACUUUGUAACUGAUCCAUAUCAUUACUUGCAAGUUCUCCCGAAGAAUGCUUAAGACAAAGUUAUCAUGUUGUGAGGAGGGUUAUGAUGAUGAAUAUCAAAUCCUUAAACUUGAUGAAAACAACGCUUAUUGGAAAUAUAUAAUUGGACCCAAUUUUGAUAUGAAGAUACCUAACCUUGUGAAGAUGGUUAGUGUUUAUCUUAACAUGCCUAAGCGAAGAUUAGUUAGAUCUAUGCAUGAUCAUAUUGUGGAGGGAGUUUUAGGUGUGUAAUAUGAAAAUCAUCUACUAAGAGUCACAUGGUGUAGUUGGUGGGUAGUGUGUACACGACUUAUAAUCAUAUUUGUUUGUGUACAUGUGUACACGAUUUCAAUUGUACACAUGGAUAGUUAUGGUCAUGUACAAAUGUUUUAUGUACAUAUGUACCAAUAAAGUGGUCGUUUAUACAUGUAUUGUAUGUUAGACAGAUGAAAAGUGUACAUAGACAAUAAAUCCCAAACUAUUUUCCAACUUUGAGAAUUUUGGAUGUCCAAAUACAGUGUAAACUGACAUAAAUUUAAUGUACAGAGUAAUUUCAUAUAAUUUUAGUAUGCAUUUAGACAACAAACAUAUUUGUACAUAUGUACACUAAUAUAAUAGUGUCAUCUGUACAACAAAAUAUAAGCAUAUAUAUGUACAAGAACAUGUACGUGUUUGAGAUAAUCCAUUAUAUUUCGUCAAGAGAAGAAAAAGAAAAAAGGAUCUUCUUCUUUGGUUCAUUAGUUUGAAAUCCACUGAAAGUCUUCGUAUUUGUCGUUGUUUCACUAGUCAUAGAACAAGAAGGGAGAAGGUUGUUUGGGUGUUCGUCGUCUAGAUUGACAUGGUUGAUGUCUCCAUCGCCGCCGUUGUAUACGUCGCUAUCUCCAUCAUCGUCUACGUUAUUGUCGUAUACAUCUUCAAUGUCACUUUUACACACUCCAAAUCCAAUUCGUUUUAGUAAGAGAAAUCAUUUUUUGUGUUGAAAUUCUUCACUAAUCAAAGAUAAAAUCAUCACCGAAAAAGAUACAAGAGUAUGGUCUGCAAAAAUAAGAGAUAAAGAUGAUAGAGAGGAUGAGAAGAAAAAAACAAAGAAUUGAUUUAGUUAUAGAUGAAAUCUGGACCACUGAAAUUAUAUCUAUAUUAAUAGAUCUAAUGGUCAUAAUGUGGUGGUGGGAUAUGUGUCAUAUAAAGUUUUUUUCUACUGAAUCCUGACCACCAGAUUAUUAAAGAGAAUCAAAGGCUGAUAUUAAAUCCCGCCCAAAAAAAAAGAUAUCAAAUUUAGUUAGUGUAAUGGCCAAUUGGUGUCAGACUUAUUUAAUUAAUUUAUGGUUAGAGUUGAACUCACAAAGUUAAAAUCCAAGUGCUAUUUAAAGAAAAGUGCUCUAGUAGAUAGAAGUGUCCUAGAGUGAAAAUAAGAAGUAAGAAAGUGUCCUAUAACGUAAAUCUUUCUUGUUUUUAUGUGUCUUUAUGUGUAAUCAACUCCUAUUGUUAACUCUACAAAAUUAUUUUUCGUCAACAAGAAAGUAACUAAAUAUUUUGUAUAUUUGAAAACAAAUGCAACUAGAAAUAUACAUUUCUCAUACUUCAUGCUCGAAAUGUGUAAGAUUUAAUAUUGAGGUCGUUUUCUUUUUAUCUAUUUUUAUCAUCUGACGUUAAAUUCACCCGAGAAAAAUAUAUAACGGAAGAUGCUUAAGCCAUGAAAAACCUAUCAUUUGAUAAAUUGAAAAAAAAACUAUCAUUUGAAUUCUUAGAAAUAUUUAUUUUUGAUCUUUUGGCACCAUUUUGUUAGUUCUAGUAGAUUGAGAUGCAAAAUAUUUGUAUCGGAUUGUAUAUUUAGUAAUGAAAUUCACGUACUUAUUUUUAAGAAAAUGAAUUAAACCCCACUUUAUAAAAUUAGUUGUAUUGUGAAAGCCAAAUACUCAUAAGAUCGUUGCAACAAGGACAUGACGAAUUAGCAGCUAUGGACAUGACUAAGCAGUCGAAUGUUAUAGUA